CACACUGGACCCCAGACACACUCUGCUUUGAAGAAUGAUUCAUUCCUACCGUCGCACCAUUAGAAUCUUUAGGAUGGCCGCUCAACCUAAAAACGAGGUAUGACAUUUUAAUUAAUUACGCAGUGAAAGAGUUUAAUUAAUCUUUAUAAUUAACUGAUUAAGAAAAAUGAAGAAAAAAGUGGAAAUUCAAAACAAACAGCUACAAAUAUUGAAUCUGUGUCUCAACAGAACCCAAUCAAACAGCGAUGGAAUGUGAGGAGGAUCAAGGAAAAUUACGUUAGUGGGGAACAUAUGGCUAUAGAUGAUCUGAAGAAGAAACACCGCAACCAGUACACUGCUAAAAAAGUUGCUGAACCAAACAAAAUGACUUAUAUAAACUGCUAUCCCGUAGUUCCAUACUAUCCUCGACCUGUAGCGUUCCAUUGUUCAAGAGUAUCUCACGUCACGACUACAGAUGGUAUGAAAUGUAUUCUGGACCGCAAAGGGUUUAGAAGGGGGGAUAGGAGACCUGGCCUCUUGUGGUGGGGGACUCUGAUUGGUGAAAACGAGACCCUUGCUGCAGAGCAGAGGUACCUGGAGAAACUCUUCCCUGAUCGGAGUCCAGAAGAGAGAGAGCAACAGGAGCCUUUCCUGCGGAAAUUCAGCACCUCUCCUGUGUUUAAGGAUGGCUCUCGCUAUGGAAACUUCCGGUUCACUUUCUCACUGGCUGAUGUUAUGAAAGAGUACAGCACACAGUUCUGUGGAGGAGCACACCCUGUCCUUAGAGUUUAUGAGACUGUAAUCUACAAGCAGGAGGUCAUGUACGUGGUGCUGAUUCAUAGCCUUGAUGUUCAUGAUUUUGAUGGUUACCCAGAGUUGGGGGAUAAUGAUGAGGGUGUGUGUGCUUACAGGGAUGGAGAGAUCAUCUGGCGUGCUCAAGCCAUCUCUCAAACACACCGCUAUAGACUGACUGAAAACAGAGAUGACAAACAAGUUAGUGUAGGAAGUGGGUUUAAGGUAUUUUAUGUGUGGGAUCACGUCACCCUGGCCUUUCACAUGCCAGAAGGUAAAAAUCUAGUAUUCCCUUUGGAGACGCUUCUGCAGUCUCUCACUGCGUGUGGUGGUGCAGUCAAUUCUCUGAACCCUGUGAUUGGCAAAGUGAAAGCAGGAAAGAUAGUUCAGGAAAAAUCUAGAAUUCUCUUUGUUGACGCUUCAGGAGUCUUUCACUGCGUGUGAUGAUGGAGACUAUAGCCUGAACAAUCUAAUUGGCAAAUCGGAAGCAGAAGAGAUCAU